CAGUUCGUACAUAACAUUAAGUUCAGUGUAACGCAACAGUGUCGGAAAUUCCAUAUCUAUGAUGUGUUUAUCAGCAGCUGUAACUCAUAUUGGAGCCUUGGACUUGCCAUUUAACUCGACGAAAUUCAGCCAAGGCACCAUGAUGAACCCAGACCCGCAGAUGUCGCAGGACCCCGCUAAGGUGGCGGCACAGAGCCGAUUGUCAGCCACGCAACAGCAGGUGAAUGAAGUUGUGGAUAUUAUGAAGACUAACGUCGAGCGCAUCAUAGAGAGGGAAGAGGGGCUCACCGAACUGGACGUCCGUGCAAACAACCUUACAGCCAGCGCCUCUGAAUUCCAGACAACCUCCCGCAAACUGAAGAGGAAGUACUGGUGGAAGAACCUCAAGAUGAUGCUCAUUCUCGGCUGUGUCAUUAUCCUGGUCAUCAUCAUCAUCAUUGUGGCCACCGUGGGCAUUCCCAGCAGCAGCGGUGGAGGUGGCAAUAACCCCACAUCUGCUCCAGACAGCACUCUGUCUGUGUCAGCAGCUCCCCCAAAUAGAGAAGCGAGGGCCAUUAUGGAUACAUUGACAGCAUAAACGAUUGGACUUCAGGCGAACAUUGUUUUUCAAUAAAUUACCCAUUUAUAUCUGGUGAAUAUUGGUUGCACAGUUGCGGAAAUGUGUUCCUAUCCCUUUGUGGUAACCCGUGUCUCCAAACGGUCAACCUAUAUGACCUAUAGCAAACCUGUCCACCAAUUACGUCCGUCGUUACACGACCAAUACCCAUUCAUUCGUAAACAGUACUACUACUGCGACGGCGCCUUUUGGAGACGCGGGUUACCACAGGGGGUGUAGGAACACAUUUCCGCAACUGUACCACGUCAAGUAUAGAGCCUACAGUCUUAACCAAUUUGAUUAUAAACCCAGAACAUCAAAAUAACUUUCAUUCAGUGAAUUUGAGCUUUCUUUAUAAAAAAAAUAAUUUAUUUUGUUUUACAUGCAAAUCUAUGUUUGCAGGAAAGGUUAAUUACAGGUAUAUAAUUAAAAAAAGGAAGUCUAUAUUGUUCAGUUGGUGGUGAAAUAAUAAAAAGACGCACUUUAUUAUACAAUAAAGAAUAAAUAGAAGACAUUCACUUGAAAGGGUUGAAAAUCAUGUGUUGUCUCGACCCGUCACUGCUAUGUACUAGAAAAUAUUACAACAGGUAUUAUAUUUAACUUCUGCGCAUGGGAAUUGUAAAUUUGUCUUUGUAAGCACAUUAUAAUAGUUGCCCUCAUUCGUUUUUUUUUUUUUUGGGGGGGGGCAGUGUUGUAGAAAAUGCGACAAAACUCGUUAUAAUUCUGGAUUAUCUGAGCGUUGUUUUCGUGUCCGAUUGCUUAUGGUUUAAACUUGAGGAGGAACAAUAUAUCUGAAAUAAGUUUAAUUAUAUCUAAUAGUUCCAAUGAAAGAAACAAUAAAUUCACGUAUGACUUCCCCCUCACCCAAUAUAAAACACAAGUCGACUGGUGCGGGUUCACGGUAGGCUACAGUAUUUACUCUCAACAUAAUCAUAAAUACGCUUCAAUUUUCUAAAACAGAAAAAUGUUUCAUUAAAAAGAUGAGUGACCAAAGGACACUAUCCUUAGCCUCUCCAAAACUUGUCUUCUUGCCCCUUCCUUCCACUCUUAUUAAAACUAAAGAUACGUUGCUCAGCCAGCUCCACAAGAACCUGGCUGAGGUCGUCACCCCUUCCUUGGAACAAUGGCUACUGCAAAAAUAAACAUAUUUUUAACUAAAUGAAAAAGGCUUAAGAGCUAGAACCUAAUCACGUAAGAUGAAAGUUCAAAUAUAAUUAUUAUAACCUCAGCAUAACUGGUUGAGCCUAGAUACUGUCAAUCUCUUACUUUCCUUCAAAUUUCCUCCCUCUUUUUCCUUGAUCCUAAGCCAAUCUCCCCCUCCCCCAAAUUGCCACCAAAGUACUUCCAAUCCUAAUCCCAGCUCCCCCCCACCCCACUCAGCAUUACAAGCAAUAGCCCUCUACCUUAUCUACAGACGUCAAGUCAAGUCAAGAUAUAUUUCAGUCUUAUCCUCUGUUGAUCCCAGUUUCAGCCUCGAACGCCUUAUCCUCAACUGAUCUGGUCUAGAACAGAGGCUGCGAGCUGUCACGAUAUGGAAUAAGUACGCGACUCAUAUACUACAAACGCCCUUAUAUCUCUGGUUAUAUCCAGCCUAUUGUAGUCACGUAUAGAUUUCUGGCUGUAUAGCGACAUUAAAUUUGUAUGUCAGUACAGAACCGUGUGAAAGGCCUAAUGUUUGUAAUUAAGCAAAUAAACUAAUUAAAGGUCGCCAGUAACCGUUCUGUUCUACAAUAAUUAUCCUGAAUAUUAUAUAGGGACUGCCAAAGUAGGAUAUGGCGUUUGAAGAUGGUAGAUAGACGGUGAAGAAACAGUGCCUAGUUAAGGUCAAGUUCUUACCAACGUGGGGAAUAAGGGCAAAGAAAGAACACUUUAAAUUUCCAAUACUACGCCCAUCAAGACUGAUUAUACAGUAUUAUAUUACCUUAUGAGCACUUUUACCCGUCCAAUGAAAGUUGGACAUAACCUCCCUUAAUCCCGGAGGUGAUUAGUACCGUACUGGCAGCUUGGCUGGUGUACAUCACCCCCCGUAAUAUACAAUCUCUAAUAACUGCCAUUCCUCUACCUGCCUUAGAAUCAUCCGGGGGGAACCAUCAUCAAGUUUGACGAUGGCAGUUGGACUGUAUAUGUGCGGAUUAAGCAAGACACUGGAAUAAUUAAAUGAAGCGCUUAGCUGAGUUAAUAAAACAAUCAUUGGUACAAUAUUUCAUCUAACCUCUUCGUUUACCUGAUUAGGUAAGAAUCACGUUCGCAUAAUAUACUUAAGCAUUAAUAUCCAUGGAUACUAGUGGAAAUGAUUUUUUCAAUGGCCCUGAAUUGUAUUUAUUUUGUGCAUUCAUGUGUACAAUCAAAGACAAAAGUCGUGUCGCGGUUUUGUCCGAAGAUCAAAUAUCACUCGUGAAACAUUAUGAGAGCCCUUCCAAAAGUUUUAGCCCUUCGGCAUAUGUUUUCACCAAAUUUAACGACACGACUUUUGUCUUUCAUUGUGCUACACUUCCACAACCCUCACAACUGGUGCGUGAAACUGAAUGUUGGCGAUGUUGUGAGGCAGAGGAUCAUGCUGCUCCCUCCUCUUAAAAUUGAACAUAUUUACAAGCUGUAGAGUGUAGACUAAGAUAAUGUAUAUCAAUAGAAAGUAUUUAUCCAAAUGUGUGAUUUAUGCGCCUUAAAACUGAGUUAAGGCAAUGCAAUAUAUUAUUAAUUAUACUAAUAUGUAUAUUUUCUGAAAUAUAAGGCUUUUUUUUACAUUGUUGAGACUGGUAUAAAACUGUAAUAACCAAGUUUGCAAUAAACUCAUAAUUAAU